AAAGAUUGUGCUAUCUUCCACCAGUCAAAUGACCGUCCGAACGUGCACCUUGAGGUUCGCCAGAUCAAGUACCCGCUCAGAAGCUUCGGAGAUCUCAAUUUCCUAAUCCCGUCAAGUCGACGAGAAGGUGAACAUUUGCAGAAGUUCCUCGUCUUUUUUGAUAACAUCGAUGAGUCCAUUACGGCAUGA